UACGUAAUCCCUUGCGUCCAUGCGCCGCCUUCCACCCCAAAGCGAGGCAAUUUACUAAAGCGGGAAGACGGUGAAGUCUGUUCUCCUCCUCCUUCAGUCAUCACCGAUGGAAAAGUGAAGGCGGGACUCACAAGUGUGCUACGGCUCCUCCCACCGUAGCGGGGACGAUACUGUUUACAUGGAGUGUGCUCCGCCUCCCGCGGAUUUCUAAUCCCCUUAAACGUUUAGCUGUCACAUUCUACGCUUCACUAGGCGUGGUUGCGCGGAGUGAAUUAGAACAGCUCCUCCUCCGCGUAGCGUCAUCGUCGCUCCGCGCUGGGCCAGCCUGGUUACUAUAGAGACCGCGGUGGGCCGUGAUUCGGCGGCCCUGUUGGGCUGUGCAUUGGCUCAGGCAUGCAAAAUCGAGCUCGAGAAGAGGGAGAGCUUUCCCAGUCCGGCCAGUACUGUGACGUGCGCUUCUCGGGCCCCCGACCCUUGCGUCUGGUAGAAUGGAAAGUGUGCCCUGGAGCCUCGGUACAGAUUGGCUCCGUAUUGGCCCUCGCGGUGCCCGUUCUGGGGGCUGAAGUCGUUCGCAGCAAUGAGGAGACGGGGAGGCCACACAGAGCUCCUGAGAGGAAAAUCAAGUCGGACCGUGCAGGGGUGGUGCAGGAGUUAUGCCUAAAGCCUGGAGAAGUCGUCCCUGCCGGGGGUGUUCUGGUGAGGUUAUCCAGCUGUAACCAUCCUGUUGUAAUGAAGGGCCUUUGUGCAGAAUGUGGCCAAGACUUAACACAGUUACAAAGUAAGAAUGGAAAGCAGCAGGUGCCUUAUUCAACAGCCACAGUUUCUAUGGUUCAUAGUGUCCCAGAACUCAUGGUUAGCUCAGAGAAAGCAGAACAACUAGGACGUGAAGACCAGUUUAGAUUACAUCGAAAUCAGAAACUUGUCCUUAUGGUUGAUUUAGAUCAGACUUUAAUCCAUACCACAGAGCAACAUUGCCAACAUAUGUCUAGGAAGGGCAUAUUUCACUUUCAGCUAGGAAGGGGAGAGCCAAUGCUCCACACUCGGCUACGUCCUCACUGCAAAGAAUUCUUAGAGAAGAUUGCAAAGUUGUAUGAACUGCACGUCUUCACUUUUGGUAGCAGGCUGUAUGCCCAUACUAUAGCAGGUUUUUUAGAUCCUGAAAAGAAGCUUUUCUCUCACCGAAUAUUGUCCCGAGAUGAAUGUAUUGAUCCCUAUUCCAAAACCGGAAAUCUUAGGAACCUUUUCCCUUGUGGGGACUCCAUGGUAUGCAUUAUUGACGACCGGGAAGAUGUUUGGAAGUUUGCACCUAAUUUGAUCACAGUUAAAAAGUAUGUGUACUUUCAAGGCACUGGUGAUAUUAAUGCACCUCCUGGUUCAAGGGAAGCACAGAUGAAGAGCAAAGUAAGCUGUUCAAAAGCAUCAGAAGUAACAGAGAAGUCUGAAGCUUCUGCACAAGAUUCUGAACAUGCAAAGGACAUUCUUGUGGAGGAGCACAGCAAUGGUCGCAGAAAAGCCAUGAAGGAACUGAAUGGUGGAUACACUGCUAAUAGUGAACUUACCAAAAAGGAUACAGAAUGCAGUGAUGAACUACAUGAACAUGAUUCUACUAGUAGUCAUCUUACAGACGUGUUAAAUAGUAAAAAAGUAAAAUCAUUGGCAGAUACACCACCUUCUUUAGAGCAAGAUGAAAGGACAAAUGUUUCCAUUCCCCAGCCAAAGACUGGGGCAGCAAAAGACCUAGAUUUUGACUUGUCUAGUGACAGUGACAGUGAAGGAGAAACUAGAAAAAUAUCAUCCCCUUCUUCUGCUUCAGGAAGUGAAAAUGAAUGUAAAAGAAGUUGGAGGAAAUCCAACAAAAAGGAUGAGGAUUGUAUUGCAUCACAAGAAUUGUGUACAGAUGAUGACUCUAAGAAAGCGAGGCCAGAGAAUCACUCUAACUUAGAAAGACCUAUAUUUGAGUCAAAGGAUACAUUGCCAGUAGAAGAUGAUGAGAUGGAAGUGCAGUCUGCUAGCCUUUGUGAUUUAGGGAAUGGCUGUACAGAUAAAAAGGAAGUUGAAACAGAAUCCCAAAAUAGUGAGCAGUCGGGUAUCACUGUAGGAGAGUCACUUGAUCAGAGUAUGGAAGAAGAGGAUGAGGAUAGUGAAGACACAGAUGAAGAUGACCACUUAAUAUACCUUGAGGAGAUCCUUGUCAGAGUACAUACAGAUUACUAUGCAAAGUAUGACCGGUACUUGAAAAAAGAGGUGGAUGAUGUUCCAGAUAUUCGUAAUAUAGUGCCUGAGCUGAAGAGUAAAGUAUUGGAAAAUGUCAUAAUUACAUUCAGUGGCCUUCAUCCAACAAAUUUUCCCAUAGAGAGGACGCGAGAAUUUUAUCAUGCAAGAGCUUUAGGAGCAAAUAUCAGCAAGAACCUAAUUUUAAAGCCAGAUGAUUCUGAUAGGGUGACUCACCUUAUUGCUGCAAGGUCUGGCACAGAAAAGGUUCGACAGGCUCAGAACUGUAAACACCUACAUGUUGUAAAUCCAGAAUGGCUUUGGAGCUGCUUGGAGCGAUGGGAAAAAGUUGAAGAACAGCUUUUUCCAUUAAAGGAGGAUUAUACGAAGUCUCAAAGAGCAAUAAGUCCCACCACAUUUCCCGAUGUUCAGAGUGCUUUCCAAACUCCACUUUUUCACCCUACUCCUAUCCACCCAAAGACACAACCUGGUCCUGAAGUCCAUCUGUACAAUCCAGUAACUGGAAAACUUAUCCGGAAAGGGUCACAAGGUUCCAGCCAGUCACCAUACAUUCAAGCACCUAGUCCUCCUCUGACUCUACCUGUCCAUGGAGAGCAUUCAUCUUUCAGAGUUGUUCAGCCACAUCAGGAACAACUGUUUGAUGAUGAAGAACCUCCCACAGCCAAUCAAGAUGAGGAGCAAUCCGGGCCCUCCAGAAGAAAGCGUCAGCCGAGCAUGUCUGAGAGUAUGCCUUUGUACACACUUUGUAAAGAGGAUCUGGAAAGCAUGGACAAAGAAGUUGAUGACAUUUUAGGAGAAGGUAGCGAUGACAGUGACAGUGAAAAAAAGAAGACCGUUAAGGUAAAGAAAUCACAGAGUGCAGCACAAGGGGACAAAUUAAAAAACCCAGAAGAAAGGACAGAGACUCCGUCCUCUUCAUCAAGUGAAAAAAGUCUGUCGGGCACAAGGCCACGAGGUCACAAACGAAAGCUGGAGGAAGAGGAGGAGGAUGCUGAAAGUGUAAGCAGUAAAGAGUCAAGCAAUGAAGAUGAGGAGGGAAGCAGCUCUGAGGCUGACGAGAUGGCAGCAGCCAUUGAAGCGGAACUGAACGAUUUCAUAUGACUACCAGCUAAUACUAGGGUAAAUUAAAGAUGAGUGUCCGGCAUAAAUUAAAUGUUGCAACUAAAGAGUGUGUAUGGUCUCUCACUUUUUUUUCUGAGAAUUUUGACAUUUCUUUUGCUGAAACAUUUAUGUAUAUUUUGAUUAAAAAAACACAGCUGUUAAUCUCGUCUAUUUUACAAAUAGUGUAGUUUUAAAUGUUUUAUUAAAUGAAUAUGUACCUGCCCUUUUUUCCUGUUUUUUCUUUUAUGAAAAGGAAAAGAAAGUGUUAACGAUGAAACGGAGUUAUGCCAAAGACCUAUAAUGCUCUUGACUGAGCUUUAUAUAGAAGACAAGAUUUUUUUUUUUCUUUUUCUUGGUUCCCCCCCCCCCCCCCCCUUUUGGACUGAAUGUCUCAUAAAACCAAGUGAGGAACUCAAGGAUCGUUGGUGUGCUUUCCACAACUGUCACACAAAUGAAUUUUUUUUUUUAAUGGAAUACAAUUUAUAUUUGUAUAGACAAUGAGAAUGUGAUCUGUAAUGUUGUAAACUUGAUUAGCGUCACUUGCCUCUUACUAACUUCAAUCUUUAAACGUCCUGUUUUUAUAAGUUCCUCUGUGCGCUAGUUUGGGUUUGCUAGAAGACCUGUGUUUAGAUUUUUAACAUGGCCUCUCUGUAUGCUGUUUAUCAUAGGUAAGUGUGCUGCCAUGGAGAUUCUAUUAAUCCGCUCUGCUCUAGAUGGAGGAAAGAGAGUGGUAGCUUAACCUGCAUAGGGUUUUAUUCACUUGAGAGGACUAAUGUAAAGUUUUUGUAUAUUCUAUUUCAUAUUUCAACUACAAAACAGAUUUUCUUUCGUUUAAUAAAAAAAAAAACAAUUUUGUAGA